UUGGACAAGAUGGCGGAGGCAGCGGUCGACAGCCCGAUGGAGGUGGUGCAGGCUCUGGCGGACGAGGCCAUGCCCGACGAAGCGGGCCUCGGCUGCCUGGUCAGCCUGCCCGGCGAGCUGCUGGAGUACAUCCUGUGCAGCGGCCCGCUGACGGCCACGGACAUCCUGCAGGUCGCCAGCACCUGCCGGAGGCUGCGAGAGCUGUGCCAGAGUAGCGGGAAGGUGUGGAAGGAGCAGUUCCGGGUGAGGUGGCCUUCCCUUAUGAACCACUACAGCCCCACCGACUACGUCAAUUGGCUGGAGGAGUAUAAAGUUCGUCAAAAAGCUGGGGUGGAAGCCCGGAAGAUUGUAGCCUCCUUCUCAAAGAGGUUCUUUUCCGAGCACGUCCCUUGUAAUGGUUUCAGUGACAUCGAGAAUCUUGAGGGCCCGGAGAUAUUUUUCGAGGACGAACUGGUGUGUAUCCUGAACAUGGAAGGAAGGAAAGCUUUGACCUGGAAGUACUAUGCAAAAAAAAUCCUUUACUACCUGCGGCAACAGAAAAUCUUAAACAAUCUCAAGACUUUUCUUCAGCACUCGGAUGACUAUGAAUCGUAUCUCGAAGGUGCCGUGUUCAUCGACCAGUACUGCAACCCCCUGGCUGAAAUCACCCUCAAGGACACCCAGGCCCAGUUCGACAGCAUCGUGGAGCUCGUGCGCAAAGCCCUCCGAGGCCUCAACAGCCGCCACCCCAGCCUGACUUUCAGGGCAGGGCGGUCCUCCAUGGUAAGGGAGCUCGACCUCCAGGGCCAGGUGCUGGAAGCCAUGAACUAUGUCCUCUACGACCAACUGAAAUUCAAGGGGAACCGAAUGGAUUACUACAAUGCCCUGAACUUGUACAUGCACCAGGUUCUGACCCGCAGAACUGGGAUCCCCAUCAGCAUGUCUCUGGUGUACAUGACAAUUGCCCGGCAGCUGGGGGUCCCUCUGGAACCUGUCAACUUCCCAAGUCACUUCUUGCUGAGAUGGUGCCAGAGCACAGACAGGGCCAACCUGGACAUCUUCGACUACAUCUACAUCGACGCUUUCGGGAAGGGCAGGCAGCUGACGGUGAAGGAGUGUGAAUACCUUAUCGGCCAGCACGUGACCCCAGCCCUGUACGGGGUGGUCAACGUGAAGAAGGUGCUGCAGCGGAUGGUGGGGAACCUCCUGAGCCUGGGCAAGCGCAGGGAAGGUAUCGACCAGUCCUACCAGCUCCUGCGAGACUCGCUGGACCUGUACCUGGCGAUGUACCCGGACCAGGUGCAGCUGCUCCUCCUCCAGGCCAGGCUCUACUUCCACCUGGGAAUCUGGCCAGAGAAGUCUUUCUGUCUUGUCUUGAAGGUGCUUGACAUCCUCCAGCACAUUCAGACCCUGGACCCCGGGCAGCACGGGGCGGUGGGUUACCUGGUGCAACACACCCUAGAGCACAUUGAGCGCAAGAAGGAGGAGGUGGGCGUGGAGGUGAAGCUCCGCUCCCACGAGAAGCACAGGGAUGUCUGCUACUCCAUUGGGCUCAUUAUGAAACACAAGAGGUACGGCUACAACUGCGUGAUCUACGGCUGGGACCCCACCUGCAUGAUGGGACACGAGUGGAUCCGCAACAUGAACGUCCACAGCCUGCCCCACGGCCAUCACCAGCCUUUCUACAACGUGCUGGUGGAGGAUGGUUCCUGCAGAUACGCAGCCCAGGAAAACUUGGAAUAUAACGUGGAGCCUCAAGAAAUCUCGCACCCCGACGUCGGACGCUAUUUCUCAGAGUUCACGGGCACUCACUACAUCCCAAACGCAGAGCUAGAGCUCCGGUACCCGGAGGACCUGGAGUCGGUCUACGAGACGGUGCAGAAUAUUUACAGUGCCAAGAAAGAGAACGCAGAGUAAACUCUGAGAGAGGACAUUGCACCUUUGCUGCUGCUAUCUUCCAAGAGAACAGGAUUCUAGAAAUCUCCACGGAUCCCUCUGGAUUCGUUCCCCAGGAAAGCCACUUAGCCAGGGGUGCCAGUGCCCCCCUAUGUCUAGGUAGCCUGUGCUCUCCUCCAGCUGCAAAGGCAAUGUCGCUCUGCGCCUGCACCCUGAGUCCGUCUGAAAGGCCCCGCGUUCAGUGGCAUGGCUUGUACGCGUGUCCUGUGGUGACAGCGCGUGACAGUCCGCCUUCACGAGGUCUCACAGUCGACACUCUUGUAACCUCCUUUUUGACUCACUUUCCGUUCUGUCGCACGUCCGUCUCAGAACACUGUGUUUGCUGGGCAGACGGGGUUAUGGGCUUGCAGUAGUUCCUCUUCUGGUCGCUCUGCGGGGCACGCUCAGCCCCGAGGAAGGGCUCUUUCUUUGUCUCGGCACCCCGAGUUUAGUCGCUUUUCGGAAGUGAAGCUAGGUGAUCUUGGAGAUUAACAAACUAGUGGUAAUCAGAAUCAUUUGCUUUUAUUUUUUCUCUGUGAAACAGAUUUGAAGCAUUUAUCUUUUUCUGUAUUUGAAUUAGGAGAGUAACAGUUUUCCCUCUUGGAUGUAUGCCUCUAUCUCUAUGAAUCAUUAGUUUUCCAUUUUAUUACAUGAAAUUCUUUGAGAAAAUGUAUAAUGGCCUUGGUGAUGGGUUUUUCCAUGUUCAUCUAUUAUGCCUCCCUUUAAAAUAAGUACUUUUUAAGAAAAUUUUUAACUAUUCAGUAUCGUAAGUAGACUUAAAUCGGUGAUGGGUUCUCUUUACAGUAGGAGGUGCAAUCUGAUGUUAAAAUGUCUGCUUUUAGAGAUUUUCCUGCGCAGUCUCCAAAGACCCAAAAAUGAGAUUUCGCUUUUGUAAGCAGGAAAAAAAAAUAAUGAACUUAAAAAAUGAAAAAAAAAAAAAAAAGAAAAGAGGAGGCUUCACGCCCCCACGACUCACCGCCAAACCUUUUUGAAUGUGUUAGGGUAGAAAUACAUGAACCGUCUUUCAGUUGAAGAGUCUUUGGUCCGUGGGCAAGGAAACAGAUGGAACCUGCGCUCUCCAGUCGCCGCGGCUGCAAAGCCGUCAGCACGCAGCUGUUCUCGGCCCCGCGGGGCCGCCCCACUUCCUACUCAGACCGCAGUGGCUUCUCUUCUGUGCUCUUAGUAACGGCGUGGAAGGUCCCAAAUCCGCGCAGCCACUCCGGCCAGCCAGGUCUCCAGCCAGACGACCCGGUGGGCCUGGAGUCAGGGCCUCCGAACUCCCUCUCCCAGGUGGAAAGAACCCAGUCGAUCUAGCGAGUGGGGCCCCAGGGGACGGGGGUCCAGCCUCCCCUCACUGCCGGUGUUCGUUUGCACGCAGUGUGUCCUCACCCCGUCUGACGACUGCCACUUGUUGAUUCUGUUUGAAACCCAAGGAUGACAGAGGUUUGGGGGCCACAGUGGGCACUUGAUAGCAGUCGACAGCUGAGUUAAGCAGUCAUUGGCGAGAGAGGGAGAUUCGACCAGCCAGUUCCCUCCACCUGAACUCUCUGUCGUCCAGUGUCCGUGUCCCCCGUCAAAUCUAGACAGUUCGGACUUGCCUUUGACACUGUGACCACUCACAGCGCCCGGCCCGCUCGAGGCUGGGGCUUCACACUACUCUCGUUGGAAGGUGGAAAGUAGGAAGUGCGGAGCGAACGCUUGUGCGACGCAACACUAAGAAACCGUGCGGCACGCUGGGAACUGUGACGGUCGCAUUUCCGGUGGGUUUCCUUUGUCCGCAGAGGGACGUCAAAGCCCAGAAAGAUGGUUUCCCCUGUAAAUAUGUGUCUAGACUGUUCUUACCUGUUUUCUUGUGAAUGCUUCUCUUGGCUCCAGGAGGCCUCGGGCACCUGUGUCAGCUGGUACUUGGGCACUUUAUAUUUUUCUAAAAAACGUGUUUUGGAACCUGUACUCUAAUAAAUCGUAAGUUUCUUUUUAAAAUUUUUCCAAAGUUUUCUCCACUUUAAAAAGCCCUGUUAUAAAAGUAGAACUUUCGCAAUGUUAAAAUAUUAAAUAUUUGGAUGUAGUAACUUCUUUUCUCUUCCAACGAAUGCCAAGAUCUUCUUUGGUACCAUGUUAGCGAGUGGGACUUCGCUAGACAGGCCGCGGAAACGGCCCGUUUCCUUGCAGAACAGAAAGACCCACCGCGACAGGCAGCAGAAUGUCUCUCACUCCUCUUCUGAUCAAAAUAUGCAAAAGUUGGCCCUGCUGAAAUUUUUCUUAACAUUGGUGAGCGCACAGGGUACCUUUCAUCUAUGAUUUUCCUGCCAAAUGCGAAAUUUUAUAAGCUCGCUAGUAAUCUUGAGAGUAUCUGCAUAUAAUGCAAAGACUUCUUCAGCUUUUCGAUUUUGUCAAAGUCUGCGUUUGUGAAACGAGAGUGGCAGAGGCUCCGAGGGAAGCCCCGGAGUGUAGUGGGCGUCGCCCUGACAUCUGCGCGCCCUGCAGCCCCGUCCAGAAGGUCCGGUGGAGUCACCAGUCUCCUGCGCCGCAGUGUUCCUCGGGGCCUGUGACGUGCUGUUGGACCACGUGACUGUUCUGGAGCCUGCAGUGCGUCCCACUUUCCUGACGACUUCGACCCUGGGACGCCCCUCCCACGCACGCACGCACGCCGCGUCCCUGGGCCCAGUGCGUGCCGGCGCCUUCGGGAGGCACCGUCUCGGUGAGAGGCCAUCCAGCCCACCAGCCACGCCCGAUUCGAGACCACCUCCGCGUCAGCCCCGUGGGGGGGCGCAGCGUCUCGGCUGAGAGUGUUAUCCAUCCGCUUGGACUGUGAAAGGCCGCCUUUAUGCUGUCUCUCUGCCUGACCCUACUGUAGAUCUCCACUGUAAGUGCAUUCACCCCGCAGAAUUGUUUGACUGCAAAACCCCACGCCGAACGCUGUCGCUCAAUCAGCUUAACGUUUCCCCACAUCUGCUUAACGCCUCGUCUUUAAUUUUAAAACGUCCGAUGUCUCGGUCUUCCCUAAUGUAUCACGUCGAGUCGCGCGUCCCUGUGUUAGGCUGUCUCCUGCCACCAUCAAGUCCCUUUGCUGUGAAGGGAAAUACUUUUUUUGUCUCACUUCUUAUUCCACAUAUGUGAAAUUGAACCACCAGCAACUUUUUCAUUCAACAGUAUCUUCAGUGUCCCGUGACCGUGAAAAUCGAGAUGUCUGUCUUUUGUUUCUGGGAGGGGAGGGGAGACUGCCCACCGUGAGGGAGGGAGGAGGUCAGCCCUGUGGCCGUGUAUUUUUGGAGACGUUAGUAGCUGUAUUGCAUGUGUUACUUUGUACCGCUUGCUUGCUUGGAGCCAGGCACCGGCCAGAUGUGGACGGCCCUCACAGCAGCUCUACAAGGCAGGGCCAGGUAGUGAAUACUGGGACUGCACACAGUCUGUCACACACUCUUCUCUGUUUUUAAAAACACACGAAACUACAAUCUGAGCCCGAGGGCUGCACAGAAGCAGGCCGAAGGUGGGACGCGGCCCGCCAGCCGCCAUCUGCUGGCCCCAGCCCGGGGGCGGGGCUUGCCUGGCAUCCCGCCCUCCCGAUGGGGAGCUGCGCACUCUGCUCGUGCAUAGGGGGGACCUGGCGUUCGACAGCCACACUACCGACUACCUCGCAAUGUUUUUACCUUUCGCCUUGCAGCAACUUUACCUUCUAACCUUUCACUUCUGAAAACUUAGAAUCAAGAGAAAAGGACAUUCCUUUGGUGAUUAAAAUGUGCAAUUAUCGCAUAAAUGUAUUAUGGCCAUUUAGCAAUGACUGUAUUAGGGUAAUGAUAGUUCUGUAAUAAAUAGAUCCCCCAAAAAAUA